AUGCUGGUGGUCCUGCUCACUGCAGCCUUGUUGGCCCUGAGCUCAGCUCAGACAGCAAAUGCAGAGGGAGAGCAAAAAAGCCAGGGCAAUGGUCAACAGCAUCAGAGACCCCCUCCUGGAGAGGCACCAAGACCUUCUGACAAUGAUGACGAAGAUGCUGCUGAUGACAGUGAAGAAGAUGGAAAGAAACCAGAGAAACCAACUCGCCCUCCUAAACCUGGAAAACCACAAGGCCCACCCCAGGAGGGAGAUCAGCAGAAACCAACUCGCCCUCCUAAACCUGAAAAACCACAAGGCCCACCCCAGGAGGGAGAUGAGCAGAAACCAACUCGCCCUCCUAAACCUGAAAAACCAGAGGAGGGUGGUGACGAAGAGUGGCCAUUUGCAGAAGACAAACUGCAGGAUUUUGAACAGCAGGUACAGGAGUACCUAGAUGCUUACCAUAUUAAAGAAUCAACCAGCCCUUGGAAUUCUCCUGUAUUUGUUGUCAAAAUCAAAUCUGAUAAAUUGAGAAUGGUGCCAAAUCUAAGAGCUGUUGAUAAGCACAGACUUGGGAGCAACUCCAGAGCCUCCUCCAAGAUGCUGGUGGUCCUGCUCACAGCAGCCUUGUUGGCUCUGAGCUCAGUCCAGAGAGCAAAUGCAGAGGAAGAGCAGCAAAGUCAGGGCAAUGGUCAACAGCUUCAGAAACCCCCUUCUGGACAGUUGCCACCAAGACCUUCUGCUUCUGAUGAUGAAAAUGUAGAUGGUGAUGAUGAUGGUGAGGGCAGUGAAGAAGAUGGAAAUAAUCCAGAGGGACCACCACAGGGACCACCACAUCAUCCUCGCCCUCCUAAACCUGGAAACCAACAAGGCCAACCCCAGAAGGGAGGUCCACAGCAAAAUCGCCCUCCUCGACCUGGAAACCAACAAGGCCCUCAACAACAGGGAGGCCAGCAGCAAAAUGGCCGUCCUCAACAAGGAAACCAACAAGGCCCACAACAACAGGGAGGCCAGCAGCAAAAUGGCCGUCCUCAACAAGGAAACCAACAAGGCCCACAGCAGCAGGGAGGCCAGCAGCAAAAUCAUCCUCCUCGACCUGGAAACCAACAAGGCCCUCAGCAACAGGGAGGCCAGCAGCAAAAUGGCCGUCCUCAACAAGGAAACCAACAAGGCCCACAACAACAGGGAGGCCAGCAGCAAAAUCGCCCUCCUAGACCUGGAAACCAACAAGGCCCUCAACAACAGGGAGGCCAGCCACAAAAUCGCCCUCCUAGACCUGGAAACCAACAAGGCCCUCAACAACAGGGAGGCCAGCAGCAAAAUGACCGUCCUCAACAAGGAAACCAACAAGGCCCACAACAGCAGGGAGGCCAGCAGCAAAAUCGCCCACCUCAACAAGGACCACCCCAGCAGGGAGGCCAGCAGCAAAAUCGCCCUCCUAGACCUGGAAACCAACAAGGCCCACCUCAGCAAGGAAGUGAGGAACAGCAUCUGCAGCCAGAUUUGGGGCACUUCCUGAUUACUGGAAGACAGCCCAAGCAACAGUCAUUGAGUAACAGUGUGCUCUAUGUGGAAUUGCCACAUAAAGCAGCAGAGAAUCCAAAAUCAGAUAACCCCAUUAGCAAUAUCAGCACAAGUGACAGCAUUCUAGACAAUUGCUGGACCAAGCCCCCAAGCUGGGCCAUGGCAUUCCACUGA